AUGGCAAUGUCUUCAAACCCAGCGAUGCAGGUGCACCCAGGCCGUGGGCUUGGUUUCCUCGUCUUAGGAGCUUCGUUGCACGAUGUCUUGACGCGACUGAAAGCCCAAGUACAGGUUUACCCUAGCAUAGACGUCUCCCUAUUCGCCGUCCAAGCCUCUUGCUGCCCCUGUCAUACUGAAUCUACCUCCGAAUGGCAUUCGUCUACGAUUCGAUGGACCUGA